AUGGAUCGCAGUUGGUACCGCCCGAUUCAACAUGUGGAAGGGACCCGAAGGAAGUUCAAAUCGGUAUCUUUGGAAGAGGAAUCGUUGAGGAGCAUGAAUUGGCUGAAUCUAGAACCCAAGCAUAUCAUCAACGACAACGUGUAUGGCAGCGUCAAGGUGCCGUCCCCAAUUGACAAAAUCAUUGAUACUGCUGAGUUUCAACGUUUGCGUAAUCUUAAACAAACUGGUCUCGUUUAUCGAGUUUAUCCCAAUUGUGAACACUCGAGAUUUGUCCACUCACUAGGAACUUUCUCGUUGGCUUACACAUUGGUUGAUAAGCUCCGACACAAUCAGCCAUCACUCAAUAUCACCCCUGCCGACAUACUUGUGUCGCAGUGGCAGCGCUUCUUCACGAUGUCGGACACGGAUAUGUCGAUCCGAAUUAUCAGAAGUAUUAUGUCCAAAGAUGACAUCAGAGAAAGCUUCAAGGACAUUCUGGGACAAGGAAAGGACUAUGAUGAUAAUGUUCAGUUCAUUACUGAAUUAAUAAGUUCGAAACCUUUUGAAUUCAAGAACAUCGAAUCCUUCGAGUCACUGUCGGACCAACAGAAAAGAAACGCAGUUAAGGAGGAAUGGGUUUCGGCCGUUUCUGGAAGAGGUCCUGAGAAAUCAUUCCUCUAUGACAUUGUUUCCAACUCGGACAACGGACACGAUGUGGACAAGAUGGACUAUUUGCUGAGAGAUUCGAAGGCUUCUGGAGUUGCAAUCACCUUCAGUGAUCAAUCCCUUAGCAGACUAUUGGACCAUGUCCGUGUCGUCACCGACCCAAUCAGUGGAUUAAAGAGAAUCGGCUAUUCCGAAAAAUGUCAAAAAGAAGUGCAAUCAAUCGGAGACUCAAGACAAGAGCUUCACUCGAAAGUCUAUCAGCACAAAGCUGUGAGAUUUAUAGAGGCAUUAAUGGUUGAUGCUCUCAUCAAAGCGGGUCCUCUUCUCGAAUACAAAGGAUCAAAUAAUGAUCUUUUUCCACUUUCUCGAGUCACAGAAGACGUAGAAGCUUACAUCAAAACUUCCGACUUCGUUGAGCAAGAGAUUCUCAACUCAUCUUCUCCAGAUCGUAGAAUGAUCGAAGCACAGCAAUCCCUUCAGAAAAUUCAACGACGCGAGAUAGGAUGCAAAGUUGGAAGCUUUGAAAUGAGCCCAAAAAACGCGACUCAGUCUGGCGGAAUCGAAAACAAUGAGAUGGGAGCGACAGAAGUCAGUAAGAAAGUUGAAGAGAGAAUGAGACAGAUACUGAAAGCUAUCGAUGAGAUCGAAGGACUUGGAGGAAAAUUGGCGAACGUCAAUUUUACUGUCAUGCAUUCAGUCCUAGGACGCGGACUAGACGAGAAAACUCACCCGAUCGAACGACAACUAUUCUACAGAGGAAAGCCCAAGGAUAGUGAUGGGCAACCAAUGGAAGGAUUUUAUGUUGACGAAGAUUAUGUUGUGAACAAUUGUCCCCGAAUGGCUACAAAAUGGGAGAUUUUCGUUAUGGGAGACCGUUGUUUGAAGGACGAAGACAACGCUGACUUGGUCAAAUACAUCAGUAAAGCCCUAAGGGAUGCCGGCGAAGCAGAGAAGUUCCUGACUCCAAGAAAGAGAUCUCCACCACAGGAGGAGUCGCCGGAUCCAAAUUGCUUUGUUCCUGCAAAACGUCGUCUCUUCCCAACCAAAUAA